ACUUCAGUGUGUUAAUUAAGUUGGUAACGGGCGCACGCGUUUAAGACUUUUAAGAUUUACGAUCUAACCGAGUCUUGACUGCAAUUUGGAUUUUAUUACUACUAUUAUUGUUAUUUCAUAUAUUUUUUAUAAAAUAUUUAUUGUGAAAGUGUCAAAGUGAAAAUAAGGAGACAUUCCACCUUGGCCCAGGCUUAAAAAAGGAUUUAAUCGAUUUCUACUGAUUUAUAAAAAAAAAUGAAAGAGUGAAGUAACAACAUCAAUUACAUUAUGCUGGACAUCUUCCCCCUACGAUGGUUCGCAAAAUUUCAACAUGGCGGUAUCGCCAAUCAAUUCUUUAUGGCUAUUAUGGUGACAAUUCCUGUGCUAAAUUUCGGUAUGCUGAUGGGAUGGCAGUCACCUAUGACGCCAAUAUUGCAGUCCCCGGACGGACCAGCCCCGGAACCCAUCACAGAUAACACCAUAUCCUGGAUGGCAUCGAUCACAUUCUUUCCAUCCAUCUUCUGUGGUGUUCUAGUUGGAGACCUGGCUGAUAGAUGGGGCAGGAAAACCACUACAAUGUUGACAUCGCUUAUGCUGGUGAUAAGUUGGAGUAUAACCCUUUUCUCACUUCGCCCAUGGGCGCUGAUCACGUCACGGGCAGUUGCUGGGUUGGCCUGUGCUGGCUGCUAUGUAGUCACACCGUUAUAUUUAAAAGAGAUAGCGUCAGACCGCAUAAGAGGCGCCCUAGGUUCCCUCUUCAUCCUGGUACAAAACCUAGGAUACCUGUUGGUCUACGUGGCUGGAGACCUACUAUCCUUUGUAACUGUAAUGUGGCUGUGCACGGCUAUACCUGUGCUGCAUCUCCUAGUCUUUUUAACCAUGCCGGAAACACCAGUGUUCUUAGUCAAACAAGGGAAAUAUAAGGAAGCCCGUGUGGCAUUAGCAUGGUUACGCCACACAACACCGGAUGACAAGAAUCUUGAAGAGGAAGUCCAGCAGAUGGAAAGAGAAGAGGAAUACGCACGCUCUAUGAAAAAGAGUUCUUGGAAAAGUUUAUUCCAAGACAAGACAACAUUCCAAGCGUUCCGUAUAGCGCUCAGCGUGAUGCUGUCUCAAGAGACCUGUGGCUAUUUAGUUGUAUUGAUGUACGCCGGUUCCAUAUUUGACCAGGCUUCACAAUCUAUUAGUUUGAAGCUCAGUCCCAACAAACAGACUAUAGUGGUGGGGGCCAUACAGCUCAUUGGCUCUAUAGUCGCUAGUUGCAUCGUGGAGCAGACAGGACGAAAGUGGCUUCUCGCUGGCACAUCACUAGCGACGGGAUUGUCUAUGCUGUCUUUAGGAGCAUGGUUCUAUGUUACCUCACUAUCAAUAUGGCUGCCGGGAUGGCUGCCAGUAUUGGCUAUGUGUUUGUGUAUAUUUUCAAACGCCGCUGGCUACCAACCCGUCCCAUAUGUUAUUAUGUCAGAACUAUUUUCUUUUCAACAUCGAGGCAUGGUGACGUCCUUCAUCAGUAGUGUUGACGCACUCAGCGACUUCCUACAAACAAAGGCCUACGACCCAAUGCUGAAAUAUUUCGGCAUACACUGGGUUUUCAUAUUUUUCUCGCUUGUAUGCUUCUUAGGGACAUUUUACACUGUCCUCUACGUACCAGAGACUAAAGACCGAAGUGUAGAAGAGAUCUAUGCUUUACUAGAAGAUGGAAGACAGAAGGAGAAAAGGAAAGAUGUAGAGAAUGGUAUAGACAAAGACAAUGAAAUGAGUCGGCUUUAGAUUUUUUGUUGUACCAGAUAAUUUAUUUUGUUGCAGUCUAGAAAUAAUUUGUAUUGACGCAUAUUUUUUCAAAUGUAAGCAAACUAAUAACUACCCACAUAUUUUAAUUGUAUUACUAAGUAUAAGAUCUCGGAAAAUUCAUAGCUUAACUUAAUACAGCCAAAUUAAAUAAAAAAAUAUUUGACCCUUAGCUCCGAGUCCAGUGACCGAAUUUUCAAGAGUAAGACUCUCUUACUUCUCAUCACGUUUCUUUCUUAACAAAUAUAAUUAGUACUCCUUAAAAAAAUAGUUAAAGAUGGAACUUUCUAAUGUAUUUCAGAAUUAUGUCCAAAUUUCUAUAGUUUUGUUUUCGGUACCGAUAUUUUUAUACUCAGAACUAAAGUUGUGACUUAAGUAUUUCCAGUAUGGAAAUAUCCUCACUAAGAAUGAUUGACGAGUAUUGAAUACAGAACAUAGAUUGUCAUAGAAUAUACCAGAAAAAUAAUUGUUAGUUUAACAUUUCAAUAUUCGUUUAUAUAUUUUUGUAACUUAUUAAAAAUACCCUUUGAUGACUAAAAACUAAAAAAAAGUGUUAUUAAAAUUCAUGUAUUUAGCCUUAAUCGUGUUUAGUAACAAAAAGUGCCCAUAAAAGUGUGUUUUUCCUUUCAAACCUAUUCAAGACAAUCAAUCUUUAAAAUAUUGUAUUUUCCAACUAUUAAAAACUUUUUAAGAAAUGUGGGUAGAUACCAAUAAAAAAAGACUUGCAUAAACAUCACAACGUCUUGAGAUUUGAUUAUUAUUUUAUUGGAUAUUAUAUCCCAUACAUUCUGAUUUAUUUAGUUAUAAAGUCGUAAAAAUGACGUAUUUGCUGCUUACAAAAAACGUGUGUAUGUACACGCGUUAGAAGUUAUACUUCUUUGGUGUAACAAGAUAAAAAUCUUUUCAAAAAUUUGAUCCUACGUUUGUAGACGAAAUUAUACUAACAAUAGAAAAAACCUAAAAUUUUGACUAUAGCUAACUUCAGGGUGUCGGAUUUUUGUGACGGUGUCAUCAUCAUUUUUCCCUAACACGCCAAAAGAAGUAUAACUUCAAUACUGAGUUUUAUUCAUAACCACCAUACGCAAAGUUUAUAUGAUACUAUUGUUUUGUCUAGUAUGGGUCAAUACGAUAAUGUCACGCAUCAACGCAUAAAUUAUUCAUAAAAAAAUCAAUAAAUGUAAAUCUCUUUCAUUACAAUUUGUUAGGAAGGGAUGAAGUUAUACAUAUUUAAAAAAAUUUAAAUUACAAUGAUUUAGGUUUGAUAAAUAAGUUGGCUUAUAUUUAGUGAAAACUUGAGAACGUUUUGUGUAUUUAGCAUUAAACGAAAGCAGACAUCGUAGAUUAUAUAAACGGUGUUGAGAAUCCAACUGUCAAAAACAUUAUCGUAUUGUAUUCGAAAACUUAACGAAGUUAUCAUAAAUGUGCUAAAGUAUCGAAAGUUUGACGAAGUGUCAAACGUCUACAAAAUCUGGCAUAAAGUUUAAAAUAUUGCCAUAAUAUAAAAAAAAGUCUACAAACCUUUUAAAAAAAUCAUUUUUAUUUUUAGUUUAAUAAUUAUUAAUUUUGAUAAAAACUACAAUGAUAAUGAAUAAUAUGUAAAUUAGACCUCACGAAACUUUUUUUAAAUUAGUGUAAAAAAAAGUACAUAAAAUUCAUAAAUUUCUUAUUUUUUCACCUCGGAAAAUGAUCAAAUACACUAAUUUAAAGUAUAUACACUGUAUAAUGCUUCCUAUCUCAUUUUCUCUCACGUUAGAUCCUAUGAAUUCAUGUGUCUGUCUCUUUUUACCGUCGCUUUUUCGUUUCAUUGACUUUAAAAUCACAACGAUGCUAAACAAGUUUUCGGUUCAAAAAUCUUUAACAUAUAUUUGGUAUCGAUGACUCGCGUGUAAUGCUUCGUCAAACUCAUGCUACAUUUAGCAGUCAACAUACUAAGUAAGCACUUCUAUUACCUAAUACGGUAUUGUCAACUGUGAUAGAUAUUAUGUGCCACAAACGAAUGUGAUAUUGCGAAUUUUAUUUUAUAGUAUUACGUUGUCUGAUGGACAAUAA